UGGCUGCCCCCAGCUCUAGGUGCUGCUGUUGCUGAGCCGAUGCUGCGGGCUAGAUUCGGAGGGGUCCUGGCAGCCACAUCUGCCAUCUGGUCUCUCAGUUCGGCCGUUUUCCUCUCCUCUCCGUCUCAGGGCCCAGUUUUGUAGGAGAAUGGAUCCUUUGAAUGCUUGGGACUUCUCACCUUUGCUCUCAUUGUGGAUAAACAGAUUUUACAUAUAUUUGGGCUUUGCCUUUGGCAUUAGCCUUUGGAUUUGUUUUCAGAUUGUCAUCAGGAAGCAGGACAAGAACUCACAGGACAAAAGCAUUUCAAAAAUAACUGGGAAUUUGGUGACGAAUGGUUAUGUCUCUGUUCCAAAGAAGGAAGUUUUUGUGUCCAGAGUAAAGAUUUUUUAUGGUUCUCAGACUGGAACAGCAAAGGGAUUUGCAACAGUUCUUGCUGAAGAGGUUACUUCCCUAGACUUGCCAGUGACAAUUAUUAAUCUGAAAGAAUAUGACCCUGAUGAUCAUCUUGUGGAAGAGGUGACCAGUAAAAGUGUCUGUGCCUUCCUGGUUGCUACAUACACCGACGGCCGCCCCCCUGAGAGCGCAGAGUGGUUCUGCAAAUGGCUGGAGGAAGCAUCCAGUGAUUUUCGAUUUGGCAGAACUUACCUGAAGGGUCUGAGAUACGCCGUGUUUGGCCUAGGAAAUUCUGCCUAUGUGAGCCACUUUAACAAGGUUGGCAAGCACGUUGAUAAGUGGCUCUGGAUGCUGGGGGCUUCCCGUGUGAUGGCUCGAGGGGAGGGUGACUGUGAUGUGGUGAAGAGCAAACACGGCAGCAUCGAAGCCGACUUUGGAGCUUGGAAGACCAAGUUCAUCUCCCGGUUGCAGAUGCUUCAGAAAGGAGAGAAGAAAGCCUGUGGGGGUCGCUGCAAGAAUAGUCCAUGCGAGUCUAAUCGGCAUGGCCCCCCGGAAGCAGAGCCAGGCACCCCCCCUCGAGCCGGACCUCAUUGCCAGGAUAGCGAGGAGGAGCCUGUUGAGAGCUCCAGCGAGGAAGAGGCUAGUACUGAGGACCUUCAGCGACUAAAUUCUGUGGUGGAUGUUGAAGAUCUUGGCAUGAUUAUGAAUCAUGUGAAGAAAGAGAAGAAAGAAAAGGAACAGCAAGAAGAGAAAGCCCUUUUGCUCAGGAACUCACUAAAGAAUGAAGCCAGUGAGCGACGAGCUAUGAUAACUCCUGCUCUCCGAGAAGCUCUUACGAAACAAGGUUAUCAGUUGAUUGGGAGCCAUUCUGGGGUGAAGCUCUGCAGGUGGACAAAGUCUAUGCUCCGAGGGAGAGGAGGUUGCUAUAAACAUACAUUCUAUGGCAUUGAAAGUCAUCGCUGCAUGGAGACCACCCCAAGCCUGGCUUGUGCAAAUAAAUGUGUCUUCUGUUGGCGACACCACACCAAUCCAGUGGGUACUGAAUGGAGGUGGGAGAUGGACGAGCCUGAAGUAAUCUUAAAGGAGGCCAUCAAAAACCAUCAGAACAUGAUCAAGCAGUUUAAAGGAGUACCGGGUGUCAAAGAAGACCGCUUUGAGGAAGGAAUGAAAGUAAAGCACUGUGCACUGUCCCUCGUGGGGGAGCCCAUCAUGUACCCAGAAAUCAACAGGUUUUUGAAGUUACUGCAUGAAUGUAAAAUCUCUAGUUUCCUGGUCACAAAUGCACAAUUCCCCGAAGAAAUCAGGAACCUCAAACCAGUUACCCAGCUCUAUGUCAGUGUGGACGCUAGCACCAAAGAAAGCCUGAAAAAAAUUGACCGUCCACUCUUCAAGGAUUUCUGGCAAAGAUUCCUUGAUAGUUUGAAAGCCCUGGCAACAAAGCGACAGCGCACUGUGUACAGACUGACCCUAGUGAAGGCGUGGAAUGUGGAUGAACUGCAGGCCUAUGCUGAGCUGGUGUCCCUGGGGAGUCCCGACUUCAUUGAAGUAAAGGGCGUUACCUACUGUGGAGAGAGCUCAGCAAGCAGUCUCACCAUGGCCAACGUGCCCUGGCAUGAGGAAGUGGUCCGUUUUGUCCGUGAGUUGGUCGAGCUGAUCCCUGACUAUGAACUUGCUUGUGAGCAUGAGCAUUCCAAUUGCCUCUUGAUAGCCCACAAAAAGUUUAAGAUUGAUGGAGAAUGGUGGACAUGGAUUGAUUAUGACCGUUUCCAAGAGCUCAUCCAGGAAUAUGAAGACAGUGGUGGGUCAAAAACAUUUGACUCAAAGGAUUAUGUGGCCAAAACUCCUCACUGGGCUUUAUUCGGUGCCCAUGAAAGAGGCUUUGAUCCCAAGGACACAAGACACCAGAGAAAGAACAAAUCAAAGGUUAAUUCUGGAUGCUGAGAUGAUCUGAUUUUUAGGAUUCAAAGGACAAAAGCUGAUGGCUCCAGAAGGUUCUUGAACUCCUCAGUGAAUCUUCCAAGGGCAGAUUUCACAACUUCCAUUUUAUAUCAAGGAUUGUAAGACAGAACACGGAGGCACAGUCAUGUUCUGGGGUGGGGUGAAGGCCUCUGACCUCGUGUCAAAGUCUGGGUGUGAGCUCAGCGUGCCUUUCCAGAACUCAUUCUCUUUCCUGAUUUAUUCAGAGAGGAAAAGCAUUUGAGGACUGGAGAGGUGUCCCCAAUAAUUUUUAGAAUUUGUCAGCUUUGAAUCCUAACUAUUAAGAAUCCCAAGAAUGUACAGAAUGUUGUGUGGAAUGUUGUACAGAAGAAUGUCUUUAUCUUUUUCCCCUUGUGGGCUGUUAAACCCUUUGCAAGAUCAAUUUUGAUCCAGAACUAUACUAGUUCUCAUUUAAAUUACCAUAGAAGGUAAUAGAUGGACAGGCUUAGAGUAAAAGCAGUCUUCUGUGAGGAAUUGCCAUGCGCUGUCAGUGAAUGGUGAUGAGUCUCAAAAACUUUGAAACAAUGAGUGCAGUUUUCAAAGUCCUCUGUUUAAGCCCCUGUCACUGCAUGGAGCUUUCUCCUCCAUGCACCUUGUAGCCAGAGCUGUUUUACACCAUGUUCCCAAGGGUCACAGUUCUGUCAUGGAAAUAUCACUAAAUGUGCAUUCUAAAAAGAAAGAAUAGUUAUUUUCAAU